AUGAACAACAACAGCAUUAAUAGUAAUGAUUUAAAUAGUAGUAGUAGUAAUACUUCUUCAGAGUAUCAACAACAACAACAACAACUGCAACAGCAACAACAGUCUCCUUUUAGAUAUAUUAAUAAUAGUAAUAGUAUAAGUAGUAAUAAUCUUUAUAAUAAAUCAAUAUUUAGUAAUAGUAAUAAUAAUAAUAGCAACGGUAAUAAUAAUAACGGCAGCAACUCAAUCUACAACAACAACAAUAAUAUUAAUAAUAAUAAUAAUAAUAAUAAUAGCAUAAAUGAUCAUCUUCAUGAUAUGAAACGGAGUAAAAGUACUCCAUUUUUAAACUUACAGCAAAUGCAGUAUAUUCAACAGCAACAACAACAGCAACUAAUGCAGUCGUCAUCUUCCUCUUCUUUACUCUCACCCAAUUCAUCUUCGCUCAACACCAACUAUCCAUAUACCACCUCUUCACUAUAUAAAAGUAAUCUUUACAACAGUACAAAUACGACUAAUAAUAAUAAUGAUAGAUAUAAUAAUAAUAAUGAUAUUGUAAAUAGACUUGAAAAUCAAAUACAACAGAUCUUGAAUGAGGUCGAAGAACUGAAAAAGAAGAUAAAGAUAAUGGAGGAACAACAAGGAAACACAAACAACUGGGGUUUAAAAUAUUCAAGAAGAGUUUUAAUUACUUCAAAUUUUUUAUUAGAAACUUCGAUUACUUCAUGUGAUGGUACCGUCUUUGAAUGCCACGGAGGCACGCAAUCAUAUUUCGUUGCUACUGCUGGAGGCGAUCUCCAAUGCAGCGAGAAAGAAUCUAUAAUACCAAACUUUAUCAUGAAUUGUCUCUAUAUAUUUAGAGGUGCUGGAAAUGUACUUCCUCAAUUUUCAGAUUCAUCGAUAUGGAUGUAUGGCAAAGAAUAUAAACCACCAGAUCCCAACGAUCAAAAGUCAAAUAUAGAUAGUAGUAUCAGCAGUGACAGUAGUAAUGUUAGUGCUGAUGGUCACAGACAACAACAACAACAACAUCAACAGAUCAAUGAUGGUGUCAGUAAAUUGGUGAUAAGAGAUGAAGAGGAUUCUAUAAAUCAUAGUAGUAGUAUAAUGAGUGGUUCUUUUGAGUUAACAAAUAUCAUAGAUAGUAGUAGCACUGGAAAUAACAAUACAACAACUACUACUACCACCACCACAAAUAACAAUAGUAAUAAUAAUAAUAAUAAUAACAAUAAUAGACAACCUAGUUUUAUAAAUGAAUUUCUUGAAGACUUUUCAAAUAAGAUUUGGAUGUCAUAUAGACAGGGAUUCCCAUAUAUUGGUGAUACAAUGUUUGAGAAUGACUGUGGAUGGGGAUAUUGGAAAAAGAGUGGACAAAAUGAAUAUCCAGAGUUGCUUUAUAAUAUUGUUAGAAUGUUUUUAGAUAAACCAACAGCACCAUUUUCAAUUCACAACAUUGCUCUACACGGACAGAAUCAUCUAGGUAAGAAUGUUGGCGAAUGGUUCGCUCCAUCCAAUAUAACUCAUGCCAUAAAGUCACUUGUAAAUAAAUUUAAUCUUCAAUGUAAUAUAUCGGUGGUUAUUUCAGAGGAUGGAUCGUUGUAUGUCGACCAGAUGUUGGAUGCAGCGCUACAGCCAAACGGUAGUAUUGUCGGUGGAAAACCAAGAGCAUCACUCUACUUUAUCGCUGCACAAGACGACAAUCUAUUCUAUCUUGACCCACACACUGUACAACAGGCAAUUGAUAAUGAAGUCGAAUUUUCUUUAUCAGUAAGUGUAGAGACCAAAGAAGACUUUUUGGAUUUCCUCGAAAGAUCUAAAAAGUUGGUUUCAAAAAGUGAAUUCCCAUUGUAUAAUAUCGCAGAGAGAGUGCCAGAUUAUCAACUUCAAAAGACAAUGUCAGUAGAAGGUGAAGAAGAAGAUUCAUCCGAUGACAUUGACUUUGAAAUGGAAUAUCAUAUGCUUUAA